AUGGAUUGGUUGUCUUUGUCCGUGCUUUCUCUUAUUCGCACUUCUUGCUUGCUUGCUUGUUCUCUUCCCCUCUUUGCAGCCCGUGCUAAAAAGCCUCUCGAAAUGUGUUGCGGCAUCCUUGAUGCGGUUGAGGAUUGCUUCAAGUUCGUUGUGGCGGUUGCCUGUUGCCUUGCCCUCGGUGGUCCAGCCCUUAUCAUCGCGGGCAGCGUACUCCUCAGCCAGGACGACGGGCGAAAGGCUUACAACGAGGCCGUGAAGGAGUUUGACCCUGCCCCCAUCAACGCGUGGACUGGGACGAUUAACGGUGUGCCGACGAACGUGGUACGCAAGGCGCUAAACGUCCACGGUGCGAGUGGGGCCACGUCUGUCUUGCGAAGCCGUCAUUCCAGUUCGCGAUCCGUCUUCAACGCUU